AUGAUGAAGUGGCUGUGGGCAAGAUUGAUUGCUGCAUUUCUCUUGCCUUUACAUAAUCUGGCGAAGAUUCUAGUAUACAAGAAAAUUCAUUCAGCAAUCGGGAUUUCAAAGGCUGGUAUUAGUGGCGGUGGAAGUCUUCCGAUGCAUGUUGAUAAAUUUUUUGAGGCCAUUGGCAUUAAAGUACAAAACGGCUAUGGUCUUACUGAGACUUCUCCUGUUGUUGCUGCUAGACGACCAUUCUGUAAUGUUCUUGGGACAAUUGGCCACCCAAUAAAGCAUACUGAAAUCAAGGUUUUCGACAUAGAGACUGGUGAGGUUCUCCCAGAUGGUUCAAAGGGGAUUGUGAAAAUUAAAGGACCGCAAGUAAUGAAGGGAUACUAUAAGAAUCCAUCGGCUACAAAUGAAGCUUUUGACCAAGAGGGUUGGUUCAGCACUGGAGAUAUAGGUUGGAUUGUAUGUCACCAUGCCAUAGGGCCAAGUCGCAAGUGUGGAGGGAUGCUUGUUCUUGAAGGGCGUGCGAAGGAUACAAUAGUCCUCUCUACAGGUGAAAAUGUUGAACCUGCUCAGAUCGAGGAAGCAGCCGGCAGGAGUAACUUGAUUAAUCAGAUAGUUGUGAUCGGCCAGGAUCAACGGCGUCUUGGUGCCAUAAUUGUUCCCAACAAUGAUGAAGUUCUAGCAGAAGCAAAAGGAAGUCCAUCCUUGGUGAGAAUGGCGAACUAG